GAGAUGUCCGCGGCGUCGAGGCGCUCAGUUUGAAUGACCGCGGCGGCGGGGCCGCGCGGGCACGAUCUGGCUGCAUCAGCGCUUGAGCCCGAUCUGCGACGUAGUCUCAGCGCGAAGAGCUGCUCAAUUAGGCCGCGCACGGACUGAGUUUGGACCUCCUUUGGCCAGGCUGCACUUGGGCCCUUCUAGCCGCCCACGCAGCGCCGAUCAGACUCGUUGCCGUCGCUUGCGCAUUCACCGGACUAUCCAGUCGACGAGGUGAUCCGCUGGAACGAGUAAACCGCCCCUUUACUGAAACGCUCUCGCGCGCGUUAGCACCGCGUAACGCAAAUGUCGCAGCAGCGCUCCAUCACCGACUUCUUUACCAAGAGGAGGAAGCCGCCGACGCCGCCGCGCGCCGCCCUCAUCAGUAAAACGAACCGCUCGCCCAAGAAACGGGACGAGCCGCCGACGAGGGUCUCCGCGUCCACCGACGAGGCCUCCCCCGUGCAGACGAGCCCGCCGCCGCCGAAGCGAGCGCGACGGCGCAUCUCCGAGACGCCUCAGAGUGACGAUGACGACGACGCCUGGGCGCCCGACGGCGCGUCGCCGAUGCUGCGGCGGCGGUCGUCGCACGGGAUGACCACACGGCCCAGGAAUGAUGAGGAUGACGACGAAGGGUUAAGAAGGUCGAGCCGAGCGAGAAGAAGGUCUUCAUUACUAAGCGCGCCGACGGAACACGUGAAGGAUGAUGAUCUGGCGAUGAUGUGCGCGCGGCGGGUGAAGGCGCCGUUAAAACCCGUGCCUUACGACGUCGAGUUGAUACCGAAGGCGUCUCGCGACUUAGAAGGUUCUAUCUUACAAAGAGUGGACGACCGCCAGAAGUGGGCGCAGGAUUUACCGGAGCUCGUAGCCUUAUGUGGUGAAGCUGCAUUUAGGUGCCAGGCACGCCUGAACGAGCCCAAGCCGGCGACGAAGCACGACCCGAAGCCGCUCAUGCUCGAGUAUUUAUGUGAUCGCUUGGAUGUCGACGACCCGCUGUGGGGGUACCAGUUACGUACAAGUAAUGAGGGGUGGUUGCAGGGUUUCGUUACGGUUACUACUUUUACGACGUGGGCGCCCUACCUCAGGUUCGAUUCUCAUGCGGCGGCGUCGGGUAUCACGGCGGAUGAUGUGAGGGAUAGGGCCGUUGAUGUCGAUAAUGUGCUCGGUGCAGCAUUGGAAGCCCAACCUAGAAGGGGCGAUCCUGAUAAUGAAGGAGUAGUCUUUCCGACCGUUGCGGAGAUUAGCUUGUUGGGUGGCCUUGGGGGAGGUGCUGCUGUUUUAUCCAUAGCUCUAGAUGAGUUACCGCGAGAGUACGAGUACGUCGUAUUGCAAGCGACGGAGAUGGGUAUCCCCUUUUACGAAGCUCUAGGGUUUACACGCGUGGGCGUCGUGGCGCAGCACGCUACCUCGACGAACUGCACCAUCCAUGCACCGGAAGAAGGCAAGGAGUCGCACGCGUCCAAGGUGUAUCGACUGAGAAAAAAUCUAAGGCAGCUACUGAGAGACCUGGGCAAGCAGGACGUCAAUAAAGUAUUUCAAAAUGCGGUUGAUACGUCACUAGUUACGGACUACCUCGAGAUUAUAAAAGAGCCCAUGGACCAUUCACUACUAAGGACGAAGUUGAUUGCCGGUGACUAUAACUCAUUGAGGGAGUUUGUGCAGGACCACGACCUCGUGUGGCGCAACUGUACCACUUACAAUCCGGAAGGGAACCCCUGGCACGCCGCGGCUUUGUUGUAUAGGGAUCGGUGUGCGAGAGUUAUAGAAAGGUGGCGCGAGAAGCAUCCUGACUUAGCCACCUUCGACGGUCACUCAAAGAAGUAUACUUCACAAGAAUUAGCAGACGCGGCAGAUGAAGAUGAAGACGUCAUGGGGCUCUGCGUGUGGUCCUUCCCUGAUACCAAUGUCGAAGACCAGUACCCGUGCUACCUGAUGGCGCUGGAUCUCAAAAAGCGGCGGGGGGAAGAACGCAAGAGUGGCUUGCGGGGCUGGUUGGAACGGCGCGCGUCCGGUGCGUCCGAUCACCAAGAAGACGAUGAGGACAUUGUUGCACGAAGGCUACAGCGUUCAGAGACGUGGCUCCCGGACUGGCCUAGAGGAGUGGUCCCUAGGGGUCGAGGCGUGGCCGCGAAGUUUCUAACGGGCGGCAACUCGUGCUACCUCGGGUACUUUGAGGACAAGGAGCUGGCGUCUCGAGCUUACGACGACGCGAAAAGUCGUUACGAGCACGACAUCGUCGCUCAGGCACCAGUGCCGUCCUUGAACGAUGCCGAGUGGCUUAACUCCAUACGCCAGAAGCGUUCUAAAUUGUUAGCUGCGAAAUCGCCGCCGGCGCCUGUGGAAAGGCGCGCGAGGAACUUGGAAGCUAAUCUCGCUUCGGCCCAGGCGAACGAUCGACUAGUGGCAGCGGCGAAGCAUCGCUACGAGCGCACCAAAAAACUCUACGAGCAGAUUGUGGUGGUGGAGGACAACAAAACGCCGGACUACUACUUCGUGCACCAGUACGUCCCGGACUGCGCGUGGUGCCGCCUCGUCAAGCUCGUGGCGCGCGGGACCUUUGAUAGGGGGAAGCGCGCGGGCCGGACGCGUUGGAUGUUGGUGCCCGAGGGGACGCAGCGCGACCUGGAUAUCAGCGCGCAGCGGUGCUUCGUCGUGCGUUCCAAGAUGACGGCCGACACGGACAACGCCGACGACGAGGUCUGGGACGUGGAAGAUCCAAGGAGGGCGCCGAUGAACGACCUAUUCCGGUCGCGGCGGUAGAGGUGACUAUUAAUAAGGAGUUUUAUCUACUA